GUCGUCAGCUGUCAUUCAAAAACUGACAUUUAUGUAAAUAAUCAUCAAUAAACUAGAAAAUAAUUAAUGUUUUUAUAAACAGAAACCCACAAUGGCAGGUUAUAAACGCGUAAAUUUUUACGAGCUAUGCAGACUAUGCGCCACGAACCAACAAAAAGACAAAACUCACAUAUUCCAAGAAGAGGGACGCAAAAUUCAACUACAAAACAAAAUCCAAAGUUGUUUAUCUUUAACAGUUUGCGAAAACGAUUUCCUGCCCAAAGUCGUGUGUUCCAAAUGUCUUCGUACCUUAGAAGUGUGUUACUCGUUCCGACAAGAGUGCGUCAGUUCGGAGAGCAUGUUGUCGAGUUAUUUUAAGAACUUUAGGUAUACGGAGGAUUUUAAGAAGAGUGGAAAAGUUUAUAUCAAAGACACGACGAGUAAGUGUACGGUACCUCAAUAUCAGCAAACGGAAGCAACAACGGCGGCCUCGAGUAGUGUAAUUAACACGAACACUUUUGCGACGGUUAACGAAGUCAAACCCAUGGAACAUGUCCCUUUUUAUACGUUACAGUUACCGGCGAUAGUCACCAACCAACCCAUUGACAACAAAGUAGUCAAAACGGAGAAGAUUUUACAGAACGCGAACCAGCUGCAGGGACAGGUUGGCUAUAACCUCAACACGAUCAACUUGGCGGCGAUUAAAGCCAUCCCGAAAGUGGGCUCGAACGAAGGUUUGAGCAACGUCGUGGUGAACGCGAACGGUGAAGUGAUAAACAUCGCCCAGUUGGUGGAUUUCGAGUCGCUCAUCAACCAAGCGAAUUUACAAAAAGUGAAAAGUACAAAACCCCAGAAGAAGGACAAAGAAGAUCCUAUUAUUAAAAUAGACUUAACGAAUAGCGAAGUUGAGACUAAUUACGAUACGGGUCAAAGUAAAUUUGACAAAAUCCAAAAAAACAAUCAGAACAAGUUUGCUUACGCAAUCAAAGUCGAGGAAAAAAUAAACCCCAGCGUUAUUUUUAAUAAUCUACAAGAGUUUAAUCAAAACGGUUUCAACGGGUAUAGUAAUAAUAUAUACCCGACGAAUUUAUUGAACGGGAACACUAGCAACGUAGUCGCCACCCCCAACAUCAUUUGUAAUUCCACAGUAGAACCCUCAACUGUAAAUUUAAACGUUUUGAACCAAGACCUGAACCAACAACAAACACAAAAUUUCCCUAGAAGCCUACCAACCAACAACUUUCCAACCAACAUAGUGACGAGUCAGCCGAAAAUCGCCCCUCCAGCCGACGACUUACAGAACUCUCAGGUCAACAAUCAAAUCAUAAAAACGCACGUGUGUGAGAUCUGUCAGAAGAGCUUCAAGCGGAGAGAACACUUGUACCAGCACGUGAAACUCCAUACGGGGUUUCGGCCGUACACGUGUGAGAACUGCAAUAAGAGUUUCAUGAGGAAGGAGCACCUGUUGAGACACAUGACCUCGCACAGUGGUCAGAAAAACUUCACCUGUAAUAUUUGCGAUAAGAGUUUUUCGAGGAACGAUAAUUUGUUGAAGCAUAAAAAGACUCACGAUAAGCAGGCUAGUUAUACUUGUGAUAUAUGUCAGAAACAGUUUGUAAUGAAACAUUAUUAUUUGGCGCACAAAUUGACGCAUGACAGUGAUCGGUGCAGCUUGGCUAAUGUCUGGAAUGCACUCAAAACGUAGGUUUAUGUAUUCGGCGAGCUUUGACUUGUGUAAUCUCAUGAUAUGGUACAAAGUUAGUAUUAAUUUUUAUUUAUUUAUUUAUUAGGGAGAGUGCGUACGACCAAACCAAAAAUUUUGAAAUUGGAAAUGCUAGUCUUUUAUUUAUUUUUGAUGUAAGUUUUGUAAAUACGUUUGAGUUGAUGUGUUUUGUUUAAUAAACUAGACUGAUGAAG